CCGAAUAAAAAGAAAUGAUAGAGCGGUGUAAAGUUUGAAGGAAGAAAUAGAGUUUGAGUGUGAAGGAGCAGCGAGGUGUGGAUAAAGAAAAAAGGACAUAAUCCAGUCGACGUAGUACUUCCCUUCUCCAUUCAAACCAUACCUUUCUUCUUCCUCAACCACAUCCUUCUAAUACUUGUUUACCUUGUCCCUUCCCCCCCCAAAUGGACCAGCCAUGUCUAUGAAUAUUGCUUCUCCUUCCCCUUGUUCUUCUUCCUCCUCAUUUCCCUCCGCUCUCCGCUGGCUCUCUCUCCUUCCUCUACAGCCUUCACCCUCCACCUCCACUACUUCCUCUAAGCCCGCGCGUCCCUUUUCUUUGCGAGCUCAACCCACCGCUACCGAUUUAUCUCUCCCUAGUGAUAAAAAGACCAACGAUGAUCAGACACUUCUUUCACUCCUCCGCCAAAGGAAAACCGAACAAGCUUGGACCCUUUACUCUCAAUCCCCUCACCUCCCCACCCCUACUUGCUUAAGCCGCUUAGUUGCUCAACUCUCUUACCAAGCCACUCCUCAAUCUCUCGCACGCGCUCGUACUAUCAUCACCCGCCUUCGCAAUGAACGCCAGCUGCACCGUCUCGACGCCAACUCCCUCGGCCUCCUCGCAUCGGCCUCCGCGAAAUCCGGCCAUACCCUUUAUGCCUCUUCGCUCAUCAAGUCCAUGCUUCGCUCUGGUUACCUACCCCACGUCAAAGCAUGGAGCGCUGUCGUUUCGCGGCUCUCUACCGAGUCACCCUCUGAGUCGAUAAGCCUUUUUGACUCCGUGACUCGCCGCGUCAGGCGUUUCGCGGAUCCUUCAAUUGUUGCUGAUUCCAAACCUGACACGGCUGCCUAUAAUGCUGUGCUUAACGCUUGUGCUAAUUUGGGGGACAAAAGUAAGUUUUUGAAACUGUUCGAUGAAAUGCAUGAAUGGGGCUGCGAACCUGAUGUUUUAACAUAUAAUGUCAUGAUAAAGUUGUGUGCUAGAGCUGAUAGGAAAGAUUUGCUUGUGUUUGUGCUGGAGAGGAUUAUUGAGAGAGGAAUACGUUUUUGUAUGACUACUCUGCAUUCCCUCGUUGCUGCUUAUGUUGGAUUUGAUGAUCUUGAAACGGCUGAGAAAAUUGUUCAAGCUAUGAGGGAAGGAAGGAAUGAUCUUUGUAAGAUUCUCCGAGAUGCAAAUUUGGAAGAUUUAAAACAAGCCAAGGAAGAUGAUGACUAUGACGACUACGACCUGGAGGAUGAAAAGGAGGAAGAUAUGGAAGAUUUGAGUAAAAGAAAGAUAGAUGAUGUAGUAUUUGAGAAGUUGCUCCCUAAUUUGAUUGAGCCGAGCAGCGAACCGCUUUUAUUGCCGAAAGUGUAUGCACCGAAUUCUAGGAUUUAUACGACACUAAUGAAAGGUUAUAUGAAGGCAGGUAGAGUUACUGACACGGUGAGAACUUUAGAGGCGAUGAGGCAUCAAGAUGAUAAGGCUAGUCAUCCUGACCAUGUUACAUACACAACAGUUGUUUCUGCAUUUGUUAAGGCUGGAUUGAUGGAUAGAGCGCGAGAAGUGCUAGCUGAAAUGACAAGAAUUCGUGUGCCUGCGAAUCGGAUUACUUACAAUAUUCUUCUCAAGGGUUACUGCCAGCAGUUGCAAAUAGACAAGGCAAAGGAGCUGCUAAGGGAGAUGGCUGAUGAUGCAGGGAUUAAGCCUGAUGUGGUUUCAUAUAAUAUAUUGAUUGAUGGGUGCAUAUUGAUCGACGACAGUGCUGGAGCACUUGUGUUCUUCAAUAAGAUGCGAGAGCAAGGAAUCACUCCCACGAAGAUCAGUUACACUACAUUGAUGAAAGCUUUUGCUUUGUCAGGUCAACCGAAGUUAGCUAACAAGGUUUUCGAUGAGAUGCUUAGAGAUCCACGGGUAAAAGUUGAUUUGGUUGCUUGGAAUAUGUUGGUGGAGGGAUAUUGUAGAUUGGGACUGGUUGAAGAAGCAAAGAAAGUCAUCCAGAGAAUGAAGGAAAACGGGUUUUACCCUAACGUUGCUACUUAUGGUAGUCUAGUAAAUGGGAUUGCAGUGGCUAGAAAACCAGGGGAAGCACUGUUGCUUUGGAAAGAGAUAAAGGAAAGGUGUGAGAUGAAGGAGGAAGGCAAGAGCUCAUACUCCGAUUCCCCUCCGCCAUUGAAACCAGAUGAAGGUCUGUUAGAUAGUUUGGCAGAUAUAUGUGUUAGGGCUGCUUUCUUCAAGAAGGCAUUAGAGAUAGUGGCUUGCAUGGAAGAGAAUGGCAUACCACCAAAUAAGACAAAGUACAAGAAAAUCUAUGUAGAGAUGCAUUCAAGGAUGUUUACUAGCAAACAUGCUUCACAAGCGAGGCAGGAUAGGAGGAUUGAAAAGAAGAGAGCGGCUGAGGCAUUCAAGUUCUGGUUGGGUUUGCCCAAUUCUUAUUACGGGAGUGAGUGGGAAUAUGAACCUCCUCAAAGAUGAUUAUAUUUAUGCCUCUGGCUCAGGGUCUAUAAAAACAACACCAACAUUGAUCUAUACUUAUAUAGCAAAUUGUAACAAGGUUAGUGUAACUAUAAAUUGCAAAAGCAAAAUAGAGUCUCGUGGUGCUUCAUGUAAUGAAUUGAAUGCUUCCUUCACUACGUAGUAAAUUGUAACAAGUUUAAUGCUACUAUAUAUUGCAAAUGCAACAUAAUCAGUCCAUUGAUGUUGAA